AUUCAUGAGAUUUGUGUUGAAUUGUUAUCUUCUUCUUCUUCAUUUGUCCUCUGUUUCUCUGAGAGUUCUAUUUGAAUUCUCAUAGCUAUUUCUUCAUUGUGAUAGAGCUGUUUCUACUUCUAAGCUUUAUCACAUGAGAUUUGGAUUCUCGUUUUAUGAACGACGAUUCAAUGUGUGUUUGUGAUUGGAUUAAUUGAGAAAUUGUGGUUUCUCUGUAUCAAUAACCAUGGACGAAUCCGCCAUCAAAGGUAUGAAAUUGCUGCAAUUGAACGAGAUUGGUGCAAACUCUCGAAAGCCCCGUAUCCCUUGGACGAAGAUUUCCGUGGAGGGAUAUGACACUAGGCUCCGUGAGUAUACAGUCAAGCUCGUGUUGGAAAAACAUUUCGCUUCAUGCGGAAAGAUCACACAUAUUUAUGUUCCCAGAGACUUUGAAAGGGGUAUCCUCAAGAGUGUCGCCUUCAUGUGUAUCAAAGGAGAAGGUGGCGAAGAAAAGGCAUUGCUGCUUAGUGGAACUGACGCGGGAGGAUGGACUGCAAUCGUUAAGCCUGCACUCUGGCAGAAAGAAAUCAUGGAUCCUUGGCUUCCUGGCAUGCCCAAACUUGAAACACACAGGGUCCGCGUUACGGGAUAUGACACUUGUGUUCCUAAGAUUGAUAUCCAGAUGGCCUUGUGUGAACAUUUCUCUUCAUGUGGAGAGGUCACGCAAGUUGUGGUUCUGCCUAGCGGUUCAGGUUCCAUUUAUCUUCAAGGAGAAAGAUGUGAGGACAAGGCGCUUCAACUAAAUGGAUGUAAAAUGGGAGGAAUGAAUCUUGUAGUUGAAUCUGUUUUGAUAGAACCCGAAGACCUAAAAAAAGAAAAGGGCGCGCCAUCAUCACGCCUACUGGCCAUACUGGCUAUACGCCCUUAAGUUGUUUAUGCAAGGCGUAUGAGCUUAAGAAGAAGAAGAUGGAGAUGGAGAUGGAGAUGGAGAUGGGUGAGAAGAAGAAGAAGAAGAAGAUUGAGCUGAUGAAGGUAGAUAAAGUGCUUAAGAAGCAUAUGGCGAAUAAGAAGAAGAUGGAUAUGAGCACGAAAAAAGAGGAUGGAGAUGGAGAGUUUGGACAUGGCUCUCUUUUAGGAGAAGACGAACCUCUUUAAAUGUUAUUUACCUUUGUUUUUUAUGUUAACAGUAAGUAAGCUAAGUUAUCAUCAUCUACCUUGAUUCUCACCCAUGCACGUAUGAUAUGUCUUUCUCUGGAUGUUAAAAAAAUAAUAGUAAGCUCAAUAAUCGUUAUCUGCUAGUUAUUCAAAGCAACCUUUGUUUUCUAAUUUUUUCUAGCUACUUCAGUUUU